GAUUUCUGCUGUUUCCUUCCAAAUAUCAACUGAUGAUCAACCCACCGCUAACGGUUCCCAUGUAGAGGGUUUAGAGCGAGAUAUGCCAGAACUUGAACCUGAGACGUGGAACUGGACUUCGUUACCGUGAUGGACUGGCCGUUUGACAAGGUUUCGCACCAGCAGUGUUUGAUCCGUCGGUUUUAAUAUCAACACAUGUUGCACCGGUGCCGUCCACACACCCGCAUUCGCACGUCCUGCGCCCUCUCGGAUUCGGUCUUCGGAUUGACAAGGUCACAGGUUGUUUUCUGGCCAGUAUUUGAGUUUUUAUGUGUUGUCUUCCUGAGCCGUGGUCAGUCUUGACGAAGUCAUGGAGCCCAACAUGGAGUACAUAGUGGCGCAGGUCACGCAGAAAGAGGUUGGACGUCGGUUUCAAGUUGGACCGGAAAUCAUAGACUACAUUCUGGACAGACAGAAGUCACAUGACCUGGAAAAUGAUCAGACCAUGCUGGACCGGAUGAUGGACAGUCUGGCAACCUCAUGGGUCAAUGCAAGCAAUUUCAAGGUGGCUCUGCUGGGAAUGGACAUAGUUUCCGCUCUAGUGACGAGACUACAGGAACGCUUCAAAACGCAAAUAGGAACAGUUCUGCCCAGUUUAAUAGAUCGUUUAGGUGAUUCUAAGGACCAGGUUCGAGAUCAAGCACAGUCACUUCUGUUAAAAAUCAUGGACCAAGCGGCCAAUCCACAGUAUGUUUGGGACCGAAUGCUGGGCGGUUUCAGACAUAAAAACAACAGGACCAGAGAAGCUGUUUGCUUUUGCCUUAUUUCCACUCUUAAUGUAUAUGGAGCCCACGGCUUAACCCUUAGCAAGAUUGUUCCUCACAUUUGUCAUUUGUUGGGAGACCCCACUAGUCAGGUUCGGGACGGUGCUAUGAACUGCCUGGUGGAGAUUUACAGACACGUGGGAGAAAGAGUGAGGAUGGAUCUGGGGAAAAAGGGACUGCCUCAGUCACGGUUGAAUGUGAUUUUCAGCCGGUUUGAUGAAGUCCAGAGGUCUGGGAACAUGAUCCUGUCCACAGAUAAGAACAUCGAGGAUGAAGAUUCGGCGGAUGGAGGGCGCUCCUCGUCGUCCUCUAAGGGAGCGUCAUCGGUGCGGCGGACGGGAUCCCUGCGCAGGCCGAGCUCCGCUUCCAGCGCCAAGGGCUCCUCAGGGAAGGAGAGCUCUGGUGCCGGAGCCGUCGAUGAAGAAGACUUCAUCCGCGCCUUUGAGGAUGUGCCGACCGUACAGAUCUACUCCGCUCGAGAGCUCGAGGACUCCAUGAACAAGAUCCGAGAAAUUCUCUCCGAUGACAAACAUGAUUGGGAACAGCGAGUGGCCGCACUGAAGAAAGUGCGCUCUCUGCUGUUGGCCGGCGCGUGCGACUACGACGGCUUCUCCCAGCAGCUACGGCUCCUCGAGGGGGCGUUCAAGCUCUCGGCUAAAGAUCUGCGCUCGCAGGUGGUGCGCGAGGCCUGCAUCACACUGGGGCAUCUGUCAUCUGUGUUGAGGAAUAAAUUUGAUCACGGAGCCGAGAACAUCAUGCCGACGUUACUCAACCUCGUGCCCAACAGCGCUAGAGUUAUGGCCACAUCCGGGAUGGCGGCGAUCCGUCUCAUUAUACGACACACACACUAUCCACGUCUGAUUCCCAUCAUGACCAGCAACUGCACGUCUAAAUCUGUGGCCGUCAGACGACGCUGUUAUGAGUUUUUAGAUCUUCUGCUUCAGGAAUGGCAGACACACUCUCUAGAGAGGAACAUCGCUGUUCUGAUGGAAACCAUUAAGAAAGGAGUUCAUGAUGCCGACUCUGAGGCCAGAUCUGUUGCUAGAAAAUGUUACUGGGGUUUCCACGCCCACUUCAGCAAGGAGGCGGAGCAUCUGUUCCAGGCGCUGGAACUGACCUAUCAGAAAGCGCUCCAGUCCCACCUGAAGAGCUCGGACAGCAUCAUGUCUCUGCCUCAGUCUGACCGUUCGUCCUCCAGCUCGCAGGAGAGUCUGAAUCGGCCUCUUUCUGCUAAAACACCCGUCGGGAGCAACUUGAGCAGAACUAAAGUGGUGAGUUCUCGCGCGUCGUCUUCGUCCGGCUCACUCCAGCGUUCCCGCAGUGAUGUCGACGUUAACGCUGCAGCCAGUGCCAAAUCACGAAUGCCCGCUGUGCCCGCCGCUGCCCCCUUCAGCUCUGCCACGGCACUGCCGCCCGGGUCCUACGCCUCGCUGGGUCGUGUGCGAACAAGACGGCAGAGUUCAGAAAAGGCUUCUGGAGGCGGAGCUUCAGUGACGGACAGCAGGGGGAGGAGCCGAGCCAAAGCUGUGUCCCAAUCACAACGAUCCAGAUCUGCUAAUCCAGUAGCGGGUAAAACUCACGCGGGCAGUCGCUCGAGUUCGCCCGGGAAGCUGUUGGGUCAUUCCUGCGGGAGAAUCCCGCGAGCCGCCGGAGCGCCGUCGGUCAAGCGCUGUAAGAUCCCGCGGAGUCAAGGCUGCAGUCGCGAGACGAGUCCCAGCCGCGGGCGAGACGUGCGGGGCAGUCGUAUCCCGAGACCCAGCAUGAGUCAGGGCUGUAGUCGUGACACCAGUCGGGAGAGCAGUCGAGACACCAGCCCGGCUCGAGGGUUCAGUUCGCUGGCAUCCCACAGACACUCUCGCUCCACCAGCGCGCUGACGGCGGGUGACGUCCUGCUGACAGAUCGUUACGGGCUCAUCCAUCAGGCCCGUAUCUCUGCGUCUGUGAACGCCAUGCGGAUCUUGAACACGGGCACUGAGGUGGAGGCGGCUGUGGCAGAUGCUCUGCUUUUAGGAGACUCCAGGAGUAAGCAGAGGCCGAUGCGUCGACGAUUCGAGUCUCCCGGCAUGUACUCUGAUGACGACGCGAACAGCGACGCGUCCAGCGCGUGCUCCGAGCGCUCCUACAGCUCUCGCAACGGUGCGAUGCCGCAUUACCUGCGUCAGACGGAGGACGUGGCCGAGAUCCUGAACCACUGCGCCAGCGCUAACUGGUCCGAGAGGAAAGAGGGGCUCCUGGGACUCCAGAACCUGCUGAAGAGCCAGAGAGUCCUCAGUCGUGUAGAGCUGAAGAGAUUGUGUGAGAUCUUCACCAGGAUGUUUGCAGAUCCUCACAGCAAGAGAGUGUUCAGCAUGUUCCUGGAGACGUUGGUGGACUUCAUCACGUUACACAGAGAGGAGCUUCAGGAUUGGCUGUUUAUUUUGCUCACGCAGUUGCUGAAGAAAAUGGGGGCCGAUCUUCUGGGGUCCGUCCAGGCCAAAGUUCAGCGAGCGCUCGACGUCACCAGGGAUUCGUUUCCGUACGAUCAGCAGUUCAACAUCCUGAUGCGGUUUAUUGUUGAUCAGACACAGACACCGAACCUCAAGGUGAAGGUGGCCAUCCUGAAGUACAUCGAAUCUUUGGCCAGACAAAUGGAUCCGUCAGACUUCGUGAACUCCAGCGAGACGCGAUUGGCCGUCUCUCGGAUCAUCACGUGGACCACAGAACCGAAGAGCUCGGACGUCAGAAAGACGCUUCACAGCUGGGCGAUGGAGGAGGCGUCAGGCAGGAGCUCGACCGUGGCGUCCCUGCCGGGGGAAAGUAACCUGGAGGAGAGGUGUAAGCAGGCGGCUCAGAUGGUUUUGAUCGCCCUGUUUGAGCUCAACACCCCAGAGUUCACCAUGCUGUUAGGCGCUCUGCCCAAAACCUUCCAGGAUGGAGCCACUAAACUCCUGCACAACCAUCUGAAGAACAACAGCAACACCCCCACAGCGUCUCAGGCAUCUCCCAGCAGCCCCGUGACCCGCGCUCCUCCCAGACACCCCGUGACCCGCACCAGCCCACUCACGUCACCCACCAACUGCUCGCACGGAGGACUUUCUCCCAGUCGUUUAUGGGGCUGGAGCUCAAAGGCCUCUGCUCCUCUCCCUCCCCCCCACUCCGGCCCCACCACCCCCCCUCUCCGGGCCCAUCGGAGGGCGUACUCGCCCAGUAUGCUGGAGUACGACACUGAGAACAUGAACUCUGAGGAGAUCUUCAGCUCUUUGAGAGGCGUAACCGAAGCCAUCCAGAGCUUCAGUUUCCGCAGUCAGGAGGAAAUCCUCGAGCCCAUCAAACGUGACGGCAAGCGGGAAGAUCCGACCGGUGUGGCGUCGUCUGGUGUGGAUCCUCGUCUGGAGGGAGGCCGGACGGCGCUGGACAACAAGACGUCACUAUUAAACACGCCGUCCCCUCGAUCGUUCAGCGGCCCGUGGACGCGCGAGUACAACCCUUACAACUACAGCGACAUCAGCGCCUACGAGAAGGGAGCGCUCGCCGUGUUCGAGGACGGGGAGCAGAUCCGAGAGGGUCUUCAGCAGGACUGUGGAGAAAACAAGAUCAUGCAUCCCAAAGGUUUUUCUGCAGGACCCGGGCAACCCCUGGAGAUGGUUGGUGACCUGCUGAAGGAGCUGUCCAAUCACAGCGAGCGUGUGGAGGAGAGGCGGGCCGCUCUGCUGGAGCUGCUGAAGGUCACGCGGGACGACAGUCUGGCCUUGUGGGAGGAGCACUUUAAAACCAUGCUACUGCUGCUGCUGGAGACGCUGGGAGAUAAAGAUCACACCAUCCGAGCGCUGGCGCUGCGUGUCCUGAAGGAGAUCAUGCGAGGUCAACCAGCGCGCUUCAAGAACUACGCAGAACUCACCAUCAUGAAAACACUGGAGGCCCAUAAAGACUGCCAUAAAGAGGUCGUUCGGGCCGCAGAAGAAACGGCCUCCACACUGGCCGGAUCGAUCCACCCCGAGCAGUGCAUCAAAGUUCUGUGUCCAAUCGUCCAGACGGCCGACUAUCCCAUCAACCUCGCCGCCAUCAAGAUGCAGACCAAAGUAAUCGAGCGGAUUCCCCAGGAUUCCCUGGGUCAGCUUCUGCCUGACAUUAUCCCUGGACUGUUACAGGGUUAUGAUAACACCGAGAGCAGUGUACGCAAGGCCAGUGUUUUUUGUUUGGUGGCCAUUUAUUCAAUCAUCGGUGAAGAUCUGAAGCCUCAUCUACAGCAGCUGACCGGCAGCAAGAUGAAGUUACUGAACCUGUACAUCAAGCGAGCUCAGACCACCAACAGCAACAGCAGCAGUUCCUCAGACGUCUCGUCCCACAGCUGAACCGUCCUCACACUCUCCCAGAAGACUUUGCACAUUUGGUCCAUCCUGCGAGUAGAUCUUAUUUAGGUGCACGUUUGCUUUAUUAAAGGGCACAUGAUUCAUUUAACAGGUGGAACCACUUACACAACUUUAACCUGUUGGGGUUUGUGAUUGGUUGCGAUUGUGCUUGAAUGAACAUCUGCUACCAACAUUGUGUGUGAGAAAGAGUGUGUGUGUGUGUGCGCGCAGCAGUUGUGCCUUUGUGUGAGAGAGCUGUUGCGACGACUUUUAUCCUCUAAUGCUCUAUUACUUUUUACCGUUACAUUUUUGCGGUGGCGUUGAACUUCCUCAUAUUCAAAGCACACGUAAAGUUCUGUCCAAUCGGCCAAUCAGGAGUCGUGUUUCAAACCUCCAGGUGAGGGCGUCCGUCCGUCUUUAACUCUGCCAGUUUUCUAGAACGCUUUUGGUUUUUAGUGAUGAGUGUCAUUUUUUUUUUGCGCAUCUGAAAAUAUGCAAGAACAGAGAUUGUAUUUGUACAUUAUUUGUUUCAUGUCUGGCCAACAGGUGAAGAGGUUUUGCUCAAAGUCUGAUUGGAAAAGAGUGAAUUUAGUCUGAAAUAUCUCGUUCCAGCGUUGUACGUCAAGUGAUCAAAAAAAAAAAAAUAUAUCUGUAAGAUAUUUUAGGAGGACCAUGAUUAUUUUUAACACUAACAGAGAGUUCUCCUUUAAAUAAGUUCUCCUCUUGUGAUGUAAGGACCACACUGAUAUUGAUUUUUUUUUUUAAAUAAAAACACAAUUUGAUAAUCUUAGAUGGGAACAAUUACCAGGAAGUAUUAAAAUCUCUCUCAAUGUUCAUUUAGAAAUCAAACAGAUGCUCCCAAACCAGGUUUAAAACGAAAGUUUCCACUUACAAACACUAGGAUUAUUGACAUGAUGUGGUAUCUAACAAUGUUUAAGCGUAUCUGAAGUUUUAGAGCAAUAAUUUAAACUAAAAAAAAAUGAUCCAAAUUGGAUUUUUACUAGUCGUCGAUUUGCAGUUUUGUGGUUCAGGUUUGUGCCUGUUCGGCCGGCUAAAGUGCUCUGCUAGUCUUUUUGUAAACGGUUUUAAAUCUCGGUGCUUUAAUGAAUCACUCUGUGCUUUUGCUGAACGUUUUUCCUUUUUUUGGUUUGAAUUUAAGCGCCUUACCAUGAAAAGAAAGUCACAUGUUAUCCGCUCUUAGAAAUCCCAAAGAAUACUCCACACAACCAGCUGGUGAUUUUGUGGAGUGAAUCCUCUAUAAUCCUUCUAGUAUUUGUUACAAUUUAUUCAUUUAGUUUUAAAAAAAUAGAUAAUGAAGAUAAUAUAAUUUAGGGUACGUUUACACAACAGCGAUGUACUAAAAACGGAAAAGUCGAGUUUUCCGCGUACAGAUGACAACGUUGUCAAAACAAUUCAGGCGGAUCCACAAAAACGCUGUUUGGCCAGUAGAUGGCGAUGUCACUUUGUAAAGAAACUGCGCCUUUAUAGACUCAACACGUAAUGUAGAUCUGCACAGAAAAUAACAGUAUCGUUUUCAAAACCUUGCACUUUGAAACCCGCUUUCAAAAGUUUGCGUUUUAAGGCCCCAAAAACGCCAUUGUCGCAUAAAUAAACGU